AGGUUCUAAAAGCAUUGAAAUUGAUUCUCCAAUGACUCCUUUCCAGAAGUUAUUCUUACAUGUACAAAGGAAGCAGCAGAAGUAAUCAGAAAUGAGGAGCAGGAAAUUUCCGAUAAACAACUCUGAUGGUUAUCUGGAAGCUGAAUUGAAUCACAGGCACAAGAACUUGGAAUUGCAUUUUGAAUUGCAGAAUUGGAGGGCCCUAUGAUUUAUGCAGGAGCAGAGGCAGCACGCAAUCGAGCUGUCAAGAGAGCGUCAGCUUAUUAGGCAAAUGCUGCGUGGUUUUUGAAGAGGGUCGACACUAUAAAAUCCCACUCCAGGCUCUGGAGUGGAGAAACUCAGAGACCAAGUCCAUUGAGAGACUGAGGGGAAAGAGAGGAGAGAAAGAAAAAGAGAGUGGGAACAGUAAAUAGAAAGGAAGACAACCUCCAGAGAAAGCCCCCGGAGACGUCUCUCUGCAGAGAGGCGGCAGCACCCGGCUCACCUGCGAAGCGCCUGGGAAGCGAGUGCCCCUAACAUGCGGCUGCCGCUGCUCGUGUCCGCGGGCGUCCUGCUGGUGGCUCUCCUGCCCUGCCCGCCAUGCAGGGCGCUCCUGAGCCGCGGGCCGGUCCCGGGAGCUCGGCAGGCGCCGCAGCACCCUCAGCCCUUGGAUUUCUUCCAGCCGCCGCCGCAGUCCGAGCAGCCCCAGCAGCCGCAGGCUCGGCCGGUCCUGCUCCGCAUGGGAGAGGAGUACUUCCUCCGCCUGGGGAACCUCAACAAGAGCCCGGCCGCUCCCCUUUCGCCCGCCUCCUCGCUCCUCGCCGGCGGCAGCGGCAGCCGCCCUUCGCCGGAACAGGCGACCGCCAACUUUUUCCGCGUGUUGCUGCAGCAGCUGCUGCUGCCUCGGCGCUCGCUCGACAGCCCCGCGGCUCUCGCGGAGCGCGGCGCUGAGAAUGCCCUCGGCGGCCACCAGGAGGCACCGGAGAGAGAAAGGCGGUCCGAGGAGCCUCCCAUCUCCCUGGAUCUCACCUUCCACCUCCUCCGGGAAGUCUUGGAAAUGGCCAGGGCCGAGCAGUUAGCACAGCAAGCUCACAGCAACAGGAAACUCAUGGAGAUUAUUGGGAAAUAAAACGGUGCGUUUGGCCAAAAAGAAUCUGCAUUUAGCACAAAAAAAUUAAAAAAAUACAGUAUUCUGUACCAUAGCGCUGCUCUUAUGCCAUUUGUUUAUUUUUAUAUAGCUUGAAACAUAGAGGGAGAGAGGGAGAGAGCCUAUACCCCUUACUUAGCAUGCACAAAGUGUAUUCACGUGCAGCAGCAACACAAUGUUAUUCGUUUUGUCUACGUUUAGUUUCCGUUUCCAGGUGUUUAUAGUGGUGUUUUAAAGAGAAUGUAGACCUGUGAGAAAACGUUUUGUUUGAAAAAGCAGACAGAAGUCACCCAGUUGUUUUUGUUGUGGUCUGAGCCAAAGAGAAUGCCAUUCUCUUGGGUGGGUAAGACUAAAUCUGUAAGCUCUUUGAAACAACUUUCUCUUGUAAACGUUUCAGUAAUAAAACAUCUUUCCAGUCCUUGGUCAGUUUGGUUGUGUAAGAGAAUGUUGAAUACUUAUAUUUUUAAUAAAAGUUGCAAAGGUAAUCAUGA